AUGAAGACAUUAAUGGACAGUCACUGGUGGGAUGGCCCUGCUUGGCUAUUAUCUGACCAAGAACUGUGGCCUCAGUCUAAUCACAUCGCAGUAGAUGAGAACGCUGUUUCCAUAGAAGCAAAGAAGGAGGUACUUGUAAAUACUAAUGUAGGCAAAAGGGGCAUACAUUAUGAUACACCGGAAACACCACUCCCUCUUGAACGGAUUCAAGGCACGGCAGCGUUUCAAAUGACAGGUAUAGAUCUGGCCGGGCCGUUGUAUUUACGUAAUCAAGAGAAAUGUUGGGUGGUUUUAUUUACUUGCGCGACAUUUAGGGCUGUGCAUUUUGAGAUGGUAGACUCAUUGUCCACAAAUAGUUUUAUUAUGAGUCUUCGUAGAUUUAUUGCUCGAAGAGGUCGUAUAGAUGUCAUUUUCACGGACAACGGAACAAAUUUUCGAGGGACUGCCAAUUUACUGAAGGAUAUUAAUUGGCAGGAGGUUGAAAGUGUGACGGCAGUCCAUGCUAUAAAGUGGCGUUUUAUUCCACCUAGAACUCCUUGGUGGGGAGGUUGGUGGGAGAGGCUCAUUAGAGUAUUAAAGGAGAUGUUGCGAAGAAUAUUGGGGCGUCAGAGAUUGACUUGGGUAGAGUUGGACACAGUCUUGUGCGAUUGUGAAGCUGUCAUUAAUAGUCGGCCACUAAAGUAUGUCUCGACUUGUACCGACGAUUUGCGGCCACUUACACCUAUGUUAUUUCUACAUGGCUUACCUUCUAAUGAUACUUCUGAUUUAGAUUAUGUAGAUAAUAUGAAUUUAAAUGUAAGAUACAAAUAUUUACAAAAGUUGAGAGAAGAUUUCAGAGUUCGAUUUCGUAAGGAGUAUUUGGCUUUACUUACAGCUAGAUGGAAGGAGAAGACAAUAGAAAUGAAGAAAGGAGAUAUAGUUCUAGUAGAGACAGACGCGAAAAGGCUAUUUUGGCCCUUGGGGUUAAUCAUGGAAGUAGUUACCGGGGCUGAUGGUGUUACUCGUUUGGCUAGAGUCAAGACUCAAAAAGGUGAAACUUUAAAACCAUGUCAGAGAUUGUAUCCGCUUGAGAUUUCAAAUGAUUCUGACCUCUUGCAACGAGCUGAAGUAACGAUAGAGGAUGAGAAGUUAUCAGUAAGUUCAGAUAGUCCCGACUUAACCUCCUCGGUUACAGGUGGCGGGAAGGUGACAAAAACAACGCGGUGCGGUCGAAAUGUGAAAUUGCCUGCUCAGUACUUAUGA